CCUCUUUAUAGUUUAUCCCUUUAAAGCCUCAAAAGAGCUUCUUAGGAACAAGAAAGAACGCGCAAACCAACUCAUCACAAUCCAAACCAAACUGAAAUUUAGAGGGAAUCUCUGAUUAAUUGAAGAUGUCUCAAGAUGAGCCAUGGAACGUGAGCAACCUUCCUUCAACUUCUGCUACUUUUUCUUCCUCUAGUUCUUGGUCUCGUGUCGAUGAUAAGUUGUUCGAGCAAGCUCUUGUGUUGUUUCCCGAAGAAUCUCCCGAUCGGUGGCAUAAAAUAGCAAGUCAGAUCUCUGGAAAGACGCCAUCGGAGGUGAAAGAACAUUACGAAGCUUUAGUUUUCGAUAUAUCGGAGAUCGAUUCAGGACGGAUUGAGUUACCGCAGUACAAAGAUGAUUCGAUUACUUCAAGUUGGGUUUCUGAGUGUCGGUCGAGUCAGAUCUCGUUUGGACAACCAAAGUCGAAGCAUUCCGAAACGGAGAGAAAGAAAGGGAUCCCUUGGACGGAAGAAGAACACCGGCUUUUUCUAAUUGGACUGAAGAAAUAUGGUAAGGGUGACUGGAGGAGUAUUUCAAGGAAUGCGGUGGUGUCAAGAACACCCACCCAGGUGGCUAGUCAUGCUCAGAAAUACUAUCUUCGUCUAAAUUCUAUGAAGAAGGAGAAGAAGAGGUCCAGUAUCCAUGACAUAACAACAGUUGACAGUUACUCUGUUGUUCCUCCUCCUCCUCCAGCCAAUGCUCCAAACUGGGUAGAGCCAUCGAAUGCUCCAUUUCAACAAGCAAUGGAAACGAUGGCUACUUCAAGGCAGUUUACUGAUAAAGGAGGUUUGCCUGGAUAUGGCCGCUAUAACUUUCCCAUGUAAAUAAUAUGAGUAUAAUAGGUUGUUCAUUUGUUCAUAA